AUGAAUCUAACUGCUAUUGAAGUCGAAUUUGGUUUAGCCACAGCAAUGGACACGCUGUGCUCUCAAGCGUAUGGUCUCGCUACGAUCCUCAUGUUUAUCAUCAACUGGUAUACGGAGGCCUUUCUGGUCAUGAUCGGCCAACCUGCGCAAGUCGCAAAGUUCGCCGGACACUUCAGUCGGGUGCGCAUUGAAAUACGGAUCAAGCACAACGGAAGCACAACGUAA